CGACUACCAUCUACCAUCUCCCUCUUCAGAAAAAUGGUUUUCUCCAGCGUUCUUGGCUUCCCCCGAAUCGGUGCCAACCGUGAGGUCAAGAAAUCCGUUGAGGCCUACUGGGGUGGAAAGAUCCCCGUUGAGGAUCUCCAGAAGACCGUUGCUGAGGUCAAGAAAUACAACUGGACCAACGUCCAGUCUCGCGGUGUCGACUUGAUCCCAAGCGGUGAAUUCUCCCUCUACGACCAUGUCCUCGAUCAUUCCGCUGCUUUCAACGCUAUCCCCAAGCGUUAUCAGGGUCUCGGCAUCAGCGACCUUGACGUCUACUUUGCUAUGGGCCGUGGUCGCCAAACUGGCGGUGUUGAUGUCCCCGCUUGCGAGAUGAAGAAGUGGUUCGACUCCAACUACCACUACGUCGUCCCCGAGCUGUCGGACGAGACCGACUUCAAGCUGGUCCACAACAAGGCCUUGGUCGAGUACAACGAGGCCAAGGCUCUGGGCAUCACCACUCGCCCUGUUGUUCUCGGCCCCAUAUCUUACCUCGUUCUCGGCAAGCCCGCCAGAGAGGCCCCUGCCUCCUUCGAGCCCAUCACUCUUCUUUCCAAGCUUCUUCCCGUGUACAAGCAGCUCCUAACGGAACUCAAGUCUGCAGGCGUUGAGUCCGUCCAGAUCGAUGAGCCCAUCCUUGUCCUCGACAGGGCUGCGAAUCUCGAGAAACAGUAUGCUUCUGCAUAUGCCGAGUUGGCCCCUGUCGCUCCCAAGAUCGUCCUCACCACUUAUUUCAACCGCCUCGACGCCAACCUCAAGUUCGUUAGUAAGCUUCCUGUCGGCGGCCUUCACAUCGACCUUGUUCGUGCACCUGGUCAGCUGGAUGAGGUUAUUGCUGCUGUGAAGAACACCAACUUGGUUCUCUCUUUGGGUCUUGUGUCUGGCCGCAACAUCUGGAAGAACGACUUCACUGCUUCCAUCAAACAGGCGCAGAAGGCUGUCUCAGCCUUGGGUUCUGACCGUGUCAUCGUUGCCACCUCUUCGUCUGUCCUUCACACACCUGUCACCCUUGCUUCGGAGAAGAAGCUCCCUGAUCAGCACCGCGACUGGUUCUCUUUCGCGCUUGAGAAAGCUGCUGAGGUUGCCACUAUUGCUGCAGUCGUCAACGGCUCCCAGGAUGCCAAGAUCGCCGCCGCCCUGGAAGAGAACAAGGUUUCCAUCGCCAAGAGGCGUGAGUUCGAGUCAACCUCGGACGAUGCUAUCCGCAAGCGUGUGGCUGCCAUUACCCCGGACAUGUACAACCGCAAGAGCCCGUUCGCCGCUCGCAAGGCGGCGCAGGACCAGGCUCUCAAGCUGCCCAAGUUCCCUACCACUACCAUCGGCUCCUUCCCUCAAACCAAGGAGAUCCGUACGGCCCGCGCCAAGCUGGGCAAGGGAGAGCUUACCCCGGCCGAGUACGAGAAGUUCAUCGAGCAAGAGAUUCAGAACGUCGUGGCCUUCCAGGAGGAAGUUGGCCUCGAUGUGUUCGUUCAUGGCGAGCCAGAGCGCAACGACAUGGUGCAAUACUUCGGCGAGCAGCUGAACGGCUUCGUCUUCACCCAGAAUGCUUGGGUUCAGAGCUACGGUUCUCGUUAUGUUCGUCCCCCCAUCAUCGUCUCAGACGUCAGUCGCCCUGGCCCCAUGACCGUCAGAUGGAGCAGCUAUGCUCAGAGCCUCACCAAGAAGCCCAUGAAGGGUAUGUUGACUGGACCCGUCACCAUCCUCAACUGGUCCUUCCCCCGUGACGAUGUUUCUCGUAAGCUGCAGUCCCAGCAGCUGGCUCUGGCUCUCCGUGACGAGGUCCUUGACCUCGAGAAGGCUGGCAUUACCGUCAUCCAAGUCGACGAGCCUGCCAUCCGUGAGGGUCUCCCUCUCCGUCGCUCAGACUGGGAUGAGUAUCUCGAAUGGGCCGUCGACACCUUCAAACUCUCGACUGCAGGCGUGGCUGAUUCCACUCAGACCCACUCUCACUUCUGCUACUCCGACUUUGGCGACAUCUUCACGUCCAUCCAGCGUCUCGAUGCCGAUGUUAUCUCGAUCGAGUUCUCCAAGAGUGACAUGAAGCUGCUCCACACCUUCCAGCAGUUCGGUUACUCUAACCAGAUUGGUCCCGGUGUUUACGACAUCCACUCCCCCCGUGUUCCCAGUGAGGAAGAGAUCAGAGAGCGUCUCAAGGCUUCUCUUAAGAUCAUCCCUGAUCACCUCAUGUUCGUCAAUCCUGACUGUGGUCUCAAGACCCGCCAGUGGAAGGAGACGAAGGAGUCGCUCGUUAACCUGGUUGCUGCCGCUCGUUGGGCCCGCGAGAACGCCUAAAUCCCCUUUUCCCUUGCGCUUCAACAGCGCCCAUGAAGCGGUUAACUUAUCGACAUUCUCGUGGCGAGGUGUCGCUUUGACCUUGGGUAGUUGUGGCGAUGGAUUCUUUGACGGUGUCAUACAUACGCCGAGGCAUACUAGUGCCGCUUUAUGGGCCCGCGUCUUGCUGAGGGAGGCUGGGACUGCACGCCCGGAAAAUCAUAUCAGGGAUUUCAACAAUCCAUAAUGUUAUAUUAGUCGAUGCAUAUUCAAUGUGAAGCCAGGCGGUCACUGCUGUGACCGCUGUUGUACGAGUAAACCUGGGGGUACACUAUCGAUAUCGUUUUUGCCUUGAUCAUGAACACCAGUGAACACCUUAUAGCGGUUUGCAAAAAGAUGGGGAAAAGCCUCCGACGUGUAA